CAUGUAGGAAGCUGCCGCCACUUCGACCUUGUGCAGCCUUUUUUAUGUCGGCUACUAUGAGAUUGCCAACGCUUCUUAUUUUUUUCUUUCAAGCAGUGUUAGACGUAAAAACAGCUGUACAAGCUAAAUCACCUGAGGAAGUCUUCGGGUACCUUGGAGAAACCAUCACAUUGCCCUCAGGAGCCAACCCAUCAUGGACUCUCACCAAAAUUGAGUGGUCGAUAUUCAAAAACAACACUUGGAUUGCCACUUAUAGUAAAGGGAAAACGAACACUGACCGUGUCCCUCGGUACAAAGGGAGACUCAGUCUUAACACAACAUCAGGUGACUUAACAAUUCACAGCCUGACCACAGAUGAUGCCAGAGAAUACAAUGUAGACCUUCUCCACAGUGAGGACACCGCGAAUAAGAUCAUACUCAGAGUAAAACAAAAGCUCCAGCAGCCGUCCAUCCAGAUAAUCACUAGCACAUCUAUAGAAAACGGCUGCUUAAUGGUGAUGCGCUGUUCUUCUCGGGAUAACGGUGUUAACCUCUCCUGGAGUGUUGAACCUCGCGAUGUGCUCACCAUCAGCAAGAGUAAUCCCAGCGACAGCUCUGUGCAGCUUUUUGCGUUUGUCAACACAACACAGAACUUUGCCCGUUUUACCUGCAACUCCAGCCAAAACACAGAAAGUGUUUCAUCGAAUCCUGUCACUCCAAAGUGUGAUGUCUUAAAUUGCCCGACUCAGCCUUCACCCACGACAGAGACGCAGCCCAGGGCUAGAUUUUCUCUUCUUUUUUUCACUGGAGGCUUUGUAGGAGGUGUCCUCGCAGUUAUUAUAGUUUACUUUUUUGGAGGUAAGAGGAAAACACCACCCCCGAAAGAAAAUGUUCGUUUGGUUUCCUCCUCUGUGAUAAAUCCAGUAGAGAGCAGUGGAGACAGUGAAAAGAUAAAAUCUGCAUGCCAAGACCUAAAAGGAAAACUGUGUUCACCUGUGUAAGCUAAAGAGUUUAGUCUAAAACCAGCCAUAAAUUUUGUAAUAGCUUCAACAAGAAUAUUCAUGCUGCAAGAACACAGACUGAAGACAAGCCCAGCAUCUGAAUGAAUGUGUUUUGACAGACUCUGCAGAAGAUGGCCACAGUAUAAUGAACUGUUUAGUGUCCU